AAGAACCGGCCCGCGCUCCGCGGAUUUAUAAAGGCGGGUUUUGACAGCCGGUGCCUCAGUUUCUUUGAGUCACGACUCUAGAAAAUAAGCUUAACAAUGUCUGGACGAGGCAAAACCGGAGGAAAAGCCAGAGCUAAGGCUAAGACCCGCUCAUCUCGUGCCGGGCUUCAGUUCCCCGUCGGCCGUGUUCACAGGCUGCUGCGCAAAGGCAACUAUGCGGAGCGAGUCGGUGCCGGAGCUCCGGUGUAUCUGGCGGCGGUGCUGGAGUACCUGACCGCUGAGAUCCUGGAGCUGGCCGGCAACGCCGCCCGCGACAACAAGAAGACCAGGAUCAUCCCCCGACACCUGCAGCUCGCCGUCCGCAACGACGAGGAGCUCAACAAGCUGCUGGGCGGAGUCACCAUCGCUCAGGGCGGCGUGCUGCCCAACAUCCAGGCGGUGCUGCUGCCCAAGAAGACCGAGAAGCCCGCCAAGAAGUAAACCCCGCUGACCGCUGGAAA